AAUAACGAUCUCGCGGAGGGAAGAAAGUUUAAGCUUUUUGACUUAUGUAAUCCAGAAAAUAGUUGACUUUCUUGCAUUCGCAACAACAAGACUUGCUAGACACCACGACUCUCCCAAUCGAUGGGAAUGAAUAUGCCGAUCCUGCAUAUAUUUUGGCUAUGAAAAUUGAAAGCCGCAGAAGGUAACCAUUUUCUCUAUUUCGCUCAAUGGCGAGCUGAAAAGUUGCUGUUGGACAUCUUGCGGAUAUGAGGCUCCUCACAAGACUCGCAUCAACAGCGAAGUGGUCUGGAUCACAAGGGGGCAAUCCCAUUUAUUAUAGACACUGCAAUAUUCCGUCGUCAUCUCACUGCUGCCCACUACCAUUAUCCCACUCAACUCAACGACCGAAAAGAUUGUUCUCCUCGACACAUAAAUCCAAUAAUAAAUCCUCGCAGCAAACACUCCCGCCAGAACCUUCGUUAUCCCGGCAAGUCCGUCUCUUAAUGCGCCGCGUCCCUCAUCCCGUUGCCAUAAUCACUACUCCACCUUCCGCAUCCUCCACUAAUCGCACCUCGCAAUCUCAUACCACUCCUCGUGGAAUGACAGUAUCGUCUUUCAACACGGUAACCCUGAACCCAAAACCCGUUAUAUCCUUCAACGUGCACCAGCCAUCUGAAACACUGCUUGCCCUGCAAUCUUCACACCGGUUUGUAGUGCAUUUACUGGCUCCAACGCCGGAAGCCGCGAAACUAGCCCGUGAUUUUUCAAAGGGAAACGAGAAUCUAGAUCUGGGCCAGUUUGAGUUCGAAGCUGAUGAUGAUAAUAAUGGGACAUUACCGCGUUUAAAAAGAAAACGUCGGCGACAUACCCAAUUGCAACAGGAUAAGGGCGAUGAUGAUCAAGAUUUCAGUUUCAUUCUCGAAUGCAAGUAUAUACCCGAAAAGACGAUCGAAAUAUACGAUCAUGUGAUUGUUUUGGGCACGGUGGAACGAUUGAUAUCUGUUUCUCCUAAUAUAUCCCUAUCGCAAGAGACUGCGAGCGGCACGAGCAGGUUUGGUGUGACGUAUGCUGAUACCCGUUUCUGGAAAAUGGGUGAGGAGGUUUGAGGAGUCAGAACUCGUUGUACAUAUAUGCAAAGAAAUCUAUAGAUAGAGUAAUGAAAUGCCUAAUAAAUAGAG